GUGCGGGCUUCCGGCUGGAGACUCCGCGGGAGCGCGGCCGGGCGGCCUCGCCCAGGAGCCGGCUGGCACCUCCAGAGCCGGCCGGGCUCUCGGCCGAGGACUGAGCGACCUCCUCCGGCCAGGGAAAGCGGAGAGAAUGAAAGCCUAUCUAAAGAGCGCAGAAGGUUUUUUUGUCCUAAAUAAAAGUACUACAGUUGGAAAGCAUAAAGAUUCAGACCUUGUAUUAGAGUCAGCUGACAUCGACAACCACCACGCGCUCAUCGAGUUUAAUGAGGCUGAAGGCAGCUUUGUCCUCCAGGACUUCAAUUCCCGCAAUGGCACGUUCGUCAAUGAGUGCCACAUUCAGAACGUGGCUGUGAAGCUGUUACCCGGAGACAUCCUGAGGUUUGGCUCUGCAGGGCUGACCUACGAACUGGUCGUCGAAAAUCCACCCCAGGUCUCCUACACAUGGAUGAGGGGUCCAGCACCUUGGCCAAGGCCACAGCCACCUCAGGUCACACAGCAGCCAAACCCAUCACCCUCAACCCUGCAUUUCCCCCUCCACCAAGGCAUGCAGCCAGCACCCGUGCAAAGGAGCUGGUCUCAGGGGUUCCCCAGGCCCCCCCUGGUCCCACCAGCCUCCCAUCGGCGGCCCGUGAGCGCCAGUGGGAAGAUGUUCUCAUUCUCGGUGGACACCGACCUCAAGCCUCCCAUCAUCAAACAAGUGUGGACCAAUGUCAUGGAAAUGCCAGUACAGUCCAUGCCUGAGGAGAUUCCCGAGGCAGUGCCCCCCACGGAGAUCUACGUGGACCAGGACCUGGCCCAGCAGGACAAGGAUGAAAUCAUUCUGCUGCUGGGAAAAGAGGUGAGCCGUCUCUCCGAUUUUGAAAUAGAAUCCAAAUACAAAGAUGCCGUGAUAGUAAACUUGCAGAACGAAGUGGCUGAACUGAGUCGGAAGCUGUCUGAGACAACCAUCUCCAGGCAGAACGGGAGGGAGAUCUCGCAGAAGUUUCAGGCUCUGGAUGAAGACAUUGGUGCCAAACAGAAAGAGAUCCAGAGCUUGAAAAGCCAGAUCAAUGCCCUGCAGAAAGGCUACAGCCAGGUGCUCUGCCAGACCCUGUCCGAGCGGAACUCAGAGAUCACGUCUCUGAAGAAUGAGGGUGAGACCCUAAAGAGGGACAACGCCAUCACCUCAGGGAUGGUGUCAUCUUUGCAAAAGGACGUGUUAGCAAGGGAUGAGCAAGUCCAGCAACUGAAGGAGGAGGUGACUCAACUCAAAAACCAGAACAAAGAAAAGGAUCACCAGCUCGAAGCCCUCGGCUCCAGAUGCUCAGUGCUAAAAGAAGAGUUAAAACGGGAAGAGGCCCACAAGGAGCACAGGGAAGCCCAGGAGAAGGAGUUAAAGCUCUGCAAAACUCAAAUCCAAGACAUGGAGAAAGAAAUGAAGAAGCUCAGGGACGAGCUGAAGAAGAGUUGCACUGUGCAGACCGUGUUCUCUAAGACCCUGCGAGAGAAAGGCAAGGUUGAAGAGAAGCUUCAAGAGGAUUCCAGAAGGAAAUUGCUUCAGCUGCAAGAAAUGGGGAACAGAGAGAGCCUCAUUAAAAUCAAUUUGGAGAGGGCAGUAGGUCAGCUGGAGCAUUUCCGGAGUCAAGUCAUCAAGGCCACCUAUGGACGAGCGAAGCCCUUCCCGGACAGACCCGUCACCGACCAGCAGGUGAUAGAAAAGAUUACCCAGGUCACCGAGGACAACUUCAACUUUCAGCAGAAAAAGAAGACACUGCAGAAGGAGACACAGCUCAGCGCGACCAAACAGGAGGAGACGACGGAGAACAUAGAGAAGCUGAGGACGUCUUUAGACAGCUGCCAGGCUUGCAUGAAAGCGUCUUGCUGCAGCAGAGACCUGAAGAAGGAGCUUGGCCUUCUUCAGAACCUUCGGGUGAGCCCCCCGGUGUCAGGGCUGCAGAAGGUGGUGCUGGACAUCCUGAGCCUCUUGCUGUCCUGGCUGGAGGACACGGAGCAUCUCCUGCAGGACCUUGGGAUCCAGUUUUCCGGCUCCAACAAAGGGUUCUCUUCGUACCUGGUGUAUCUUAUGGAACAUUAUAAAAAAAUUAUGAGCCAGACCCAGGAACUGCAGGUCCAGAUCACCAGUUCCCAGGAGGCCCUGCAGUCUCUGCUGCAGAACAAGCUGCAGGAGCACCUGGCAGAGAAGGAGAAGCUGGACGAGGAGAGGCUGGAGCAAGAGGGGAAGCUGAAAGCCAGAGUCCGGAGGCUGACGGAAGAGAAGAUGGCUUUGGAGGAAAGCAUUACUCAGGAGAAAAAGAGAUGGAAGGAAGCCUUACAGGAAGAACAGAUGAGAGUCCAAGAGCUGGAGAAUCGCUUGGCCCUCCAGAAGAAGGCUUUGGAGGAAAGCAUUACUCAGGAGAAAAACAGAGCAAAGGAAGCGUUACAGGAAGAACAGACGAGAGUCCAAGAGCUGGAGAACCGCUUAGCCCGCCAGAAGGAGGUGUUGGAGAACAGCAUGGCCCAGGAGAAAAGAAAAGCAAGGGAAGCCUUAGAGACUGAAAAGAGGAAAGUGCAGGAUCUGGAGAACCACCUGACCCAGCAGAAGGAGAUCGCCGAGAGCAGCCUCGCCUUCGAGAAACAGAGAGCGAAGGAGGCCGUGGAGAAGGAGAAGAAAAAAGUGCAAGACCUGGAGAAUCGCUUAACCCAGCAGAAAGAGGAAAUAGAAUUGAGAGGGCAAAAAGAGGACGUUCUAAAUAAUAAAUUAAAUGACGCACUGGCCAUAGUAGAAGAGACUCAGAAAACAAAGACAGCUGCAAGUCUGAAAGCAGAAAGCCUCACCGUGAAAUUAAAUGAAACAUUAGCUGAACUGGAAACAGCCAAGACAAAAAUGAUCAUGAUGGAGGAGCGGAUUAUGCAGCAGCAGCACACAGUGAAGGCUCUCCAGGAUGAGCGGGAGUCCCAGAAACACGGAUUCGAAGAAGAAAUCAUGGAGUACAAGGAGCAGAUCAAGCAGCACUCCCAGACUAUUGUGAGUCUGGAGGAGAGACUCCAGAGAGUGACCCAACACCAUAAAAAAAUAGAAGGCGAGAUUGCCACUUUGAAGGACAACGACCCAGCUCAGAAGGAGGAAAUUCCACAAGACCCUCCAGUGGCACCUCUACCCAAGAACAAUGCCAAAGAGCUGGCGUGUGACCACUUGAUAGACGACUUACUUGCUGCUCAGAAGGAAAUCCUGUCUCAGCAGGAGGUCAUCAUGAGGUUAAGGAAAGACCUGAAUGAAGCCCACGGCCGCAUGUCAGACUUGAGAGGGGAGCUUAACGAAAAGCAGAAGAUAGAGCUGGAGCGGAGCAUGGCGCUGGUCCAGCAGCAGAGCAGUGAGCUGAGGGCACUCAAGGAGAAGAUGGCGCAGACGCACGGCCUGGUAGAAAAGAAGGACAGGGAGCUGAGGGUCCUCAAGGAGGCGCUCCGGGUUUCCCAAGAGAAAUACAAACUCCAGCUGAGCACAGAAAAGGAACAGAAGCUUGGAAAUAAGGCCCAGAUGUGUGACAUCUCUGUGCAGAUAGAGCCAGUGCACGCGGAUGUUUUCUCAAGCAGCCAAGAGGAGCAGUCCUUCAGCGAUCUAGGAGCCAAGUGCAAAGGAUCACGACACGAGGAGGUCAUUCAGCGGCAGAGAAAGGCCUUAUCUGAGCUCCGAGCGCGGAUUAAAGAACUGGAGAAGGCCUGCUCGUCAAAUCAUAAGGACCACCUGAGUGAAUCAGUUCUAGAAUUAAAGACUCUCAGAAUGGAAAAAAAUGUCCAGAAAAUAUUAUUGGACGCAAAACCUGAUUUGCCAGCUAUCUCAAGGAUAGAGAUCCGAGCGCCUCAGAGUGGCCUUUCUAACGCAGGGUCCCGCCCAGCCAUCGAGAAGUCAGCGGCCGAGGCUCUUGACCUCAGUGAGAAGCUGUACAUGGACAUGACCAGGACGCUCGGGAGCUUGAUGAACAUCAAGGACAUGUCAGGCCAGGUGUCCAUGAAACACCUCUCCCCCAAAGAGAGGGAGAAAGUCAACCUGCUCCGACAACGAGACCUCGACCUGGUAUUUGAUAAGAUCACCCAGCUCAAGAACCGGCUGGAGAGGAAAGAGGAGCUCUUGAGAGGCUACGAGAAAGACAUCGAACAGCUCAGGCAGAGCAAGGUGUCGGUACAGCUGUACCAGACCCAGGUGGCAAAGCUGGAGGACGACAUCUACAAGGAGGCCGAGGAGAAGGCCCUGCUGAAGGAGGCCCUGGAGCGCACAGAGCACCAGCUGCACCAAGAGAGGAGGGUCAGCAGGGCCAUCAAGCAGCAGAAGAGACAAGCGUUUGUAGAGAUGGUGAAGAACAAGAUGCAGAACCCGAAUUUCCAGGUUGGAGCUAGAAAAUCUACCCUAAGGAUGGACCAAGAAAAAGAGAAGCUGAAGAAAGAAACAUCUUGCAAGUCCAGCCAGAGCCUCUUGUCUAAGCCUGGCGGAAGGAACUAGAAACGUCC